AUGCCUAGCGAGAUUCGCGACAACAGCUUAUGGUGGAAAGGUCCAAGCUGGUUGGCUAUGGACCAAGAAAAUUGGCCAUCCCUACCGAAUCAUAUGCCAGACGAUGAAGGGAGAGAGGAAAUGCGUUGCUGUGUAGCAACAGCGAUAGCUUGUCCGUAUGCAGAUUUCAACGAAACGUUUUUUGCAAGAUUCAACUAUUACACGCAGUUGAUACGGAGCACUGCGAUAUACCGAAGGUUCAUAAGGCUACUCCAGAAAAAGGGGUCAAAGGGCGCUGGUUUUCUAACUACAUCUGAACUGCGAGAAGCAGAAUCAACGCUUGUGCGGUGCGUUCAGCGAGAGACGUUCGCACAGGAGCUCAAGGCGCUCAGAAAUGGAAAGUUAGUCCACGGAAAAUCCCCUCUACGUUGGUUUAAUCCGUUUAUUGAUAAGGAUCAAGUUCUACGAGUCGGCGGAAGGCUCAAACACUCUGCGGAGUCAGAGCAAACGAAGCACCCAAUGGUCCUUCCAGCUAAACAUAGGUUUACACGGCUACUGCUUCGUCAUUACCACGAGAAAUUACUGCAUGCGGGUCCUCAGUUGUUACUAGGAACCUGUCGUCUUCGUUUUUGGCCAUUAGGUGGCAGAAGUGUUGUGAGACACAUAAUACACCAAUGCCGAACGUGCUUCCGGGUUAAACCACGAGCCACUCAACAACUGAUGGGUGAACUACCCUCGCCACGCGUUACAGCAGCGCGGCCUUUCCAAAAAUCGGGCGUCGAUUACUUCGGACCCGUUUAUAUUCGACCAGGGCCACGACGAACAGCGGUCAAGGCAUACGUAGCCUUGUUUGUGUGUCUUUGCACCAAAGCGGUGCACCUGGAGUUGGCAUCAGAUUUGUCUACGGAGCGUUUCCUGCAGGCGUUACGAAGGUUCAUUGGUCGCAGAGGUCGGUGCACUGAUAUCUACUCCGACAACGGCACCAAUUUUGUCGGAGCCCGAAAUCAGCUGAAAGAGCUUUUAGUCAAGCUGAAAGACCGUAAUCACCAUGAAAUUAUACAAAAGGAGUGCUCUGCUGAGGGCAUCAAUUGGCACUUCAACCCCCCUAGUGCGCCCCACUUUGGCGGACUGUGGGAAGCAGCCGUUCGCAGUGCAAAAUUUCAUCUCCUGCGGGUGAUUGGAAAUCAUCCUGUGUCCAUCGAAGACAUGCAGACACUAUUAGUGCAAGCAGAAGCAUGCCUCAACUCACGGCCGAUGACAGUUUUAUCGGACAAUCCCAACGAUCUGGAGCCAUUGACUCCAGCACAUUUUCUGAUUGGAGCCUCCAUACAGCAGCUUCCAGAUCAGGACUUCCAAACGAUUCGAGUGAAUAGGCUCAAGCACUGGCAACUAGUUCAACGUCGUCUGCAAGAUUUCUGGCGCAGAUGGCAUCGGGAAUACCUCAGCCAACUUCAAGGGCGAUCGAAACGGUGGCGUGCCUCCGUAAACAUCGAGAUCGGAAAACUUGUAGUCCUUUGUGACGAGAAUCAACCUCCAACCCGUUGGAAGAUGGCCCGAAUCCAGGAGCUACAUCCAGGCACCGACGGGGUGUUCCGGGUGGUCACCGUUAAGACGGCAACAGGGUUGCUGAAGCGUCCAGUGGAGAAGAUCUGUAUCCUGCCAGAUCCAGAUAACGAGAAGGAAGUCAUAAUCAAAUAA